CGAAGAGCCCCGACACAUAUAUACAGGAACGGUUCUCCAAAAUACGGAGUAGGUGCUAGGCUAUCCCCAAAUAGACAAAAUACACUCAUCGUUGUUUAAUUCCAUCCCAAAUCCCUAAACCUUGAAUUUUUCUUUUCUUUCUAUCUCCCUUUCUCGUGUGAAUGAAAGCGAUUUCCAUUUUCUACACUCUUUAAAACCCCCCACCUUCUUAAUUAUUCAUUAGAUUUCAUUUUUUUUUCAAUUUUUGAGAGCUAUAAAUUGGAGUUGGUGGACGUAAAUUUCCCUUAGCCAUUAAGAUUUCAUUUCUCUAUAAAUUCUAACAAAUUAAAGAUCUAUUUAAUUUAGGAAACCUUAAAAUGGAAUUUUAUUCAUACCCAUCUCAACGAAUUGCUUCAUCUUCCUCAAUUUUGUGUGAUUUGGGGGAGAAAAUUCGAGGAACCCUAAGUUUUGCUGUCUCUGUGACUCUUGGAAGUCUCUUCUCUGCGUUUUUCACAUUCUGUUUUGCUUUAGUUGGGACACUGUUGGGAGCCAUGACUGGGGCUUUGAUAGGCCAAGAGACAGAGAGUGGAUUUGUUAGAGGAGCAGCCAUUGGAGCUAUCUCUGGUGCUGUUUUCUCAAUCGAGGUUUUUGAAUCAUCGGUGGUUCUCUGGCGAUCAGAUGAAUCCGGUAUUGGCUGCAUUCUUUACCUGAUUGAUGUCAUUGCGAGUCUUUUGAGUGGUAGGCUUGUUCGUGAGCGAAUUGGUCCUGCAAUGCUGAGUGCAGUACAGAGUCAGAUGGGUGCCGUGGAAACAAAUUUUGAGGAUAUCACAAAUAUCUUUGACACGGGUAGUGUGAAGGGUUUAUCAGGGGAUUUAGUUGAGAAGAUACCAAAGAUCAAAAUCACGAAAAACAACAAUAAUGAUGCUUCAGGAGAAAGAGUUUCCUGUUCAGUUUGCCUUCAGGAUUUCCAAAUUGGUGAAACAGUUCGUAGUUUGCCUGAUUGUCACCACCUGUUCCACCUUCCUUGCAUCGAUAAGUGGCUAUUGAAGCACGCUUCCUGUCCGCUAUGCCGAAGGGAUCUGUAAUCUAUUCACCCCUGUCCAAUUUUUGACCUCUGUUAACAUAUGAUAUCAUUAGUUUUUAUAUCUUUGUUUUUAACUUGUUGAGGUGGUGUUUUUUGUUCAUUAUUAUACCUCUAAAACACCCUCAAAUAGAUUAGUUAUAGCUUGUGCCUCCUGUGUUUAUGGCAUUGUUCUAUUUUAAUUAACGAUCAUGUAUAAAAUUUUGAGAGUUGAUCUACUCUUUUAUUUUUCCUUUUUUUUCCAUCUAUACUACUAUUUAAUAGCAGGGAGUUUGGAGUGUCA